AUGACAUUUAGCUCUUCAACUCCAGCCUUAGACACGGUCACCGACCUCGACCCCAACGGAGACCUUCUUCUCAAAAUCGGGAAGAAGGAGGCUCCGGAGAAGACUAGGCAGCUGCGGAUAUCUACCUCGAUCAUGACGCUCGUGUCCCCAUUUUUCAAAGCCAUGCUGAGAGGCGGCUUCCAGGAAGGUCAGUUGUCGCUAAGCGAGACGAAUCCACCAAGUUUGGAGCUCGACGUGGACGAUGUUGAGGCAAUGACAACACUCUGCCGGAUCGUCCAUCACGAUAAAGCCGCCCAAGUACCUGUACAUCUUGAACACAUUGUCAGGGUGGCGACUCUCAGCGACAUGUACGGCUGCCAAACCGCCACUGCGAGUUGGUUCCAUUCUCAAUUGCUUCUGAGGCCGCCACCGACCGUCCCAACAUUCGGAGGGGACAUUGCCCGCGUCAUUCGAGCAGCCUAUCUCUUUGACGUCCCUGGGGUGUUCUAUGAGUUCACAAAGGCAGCAUUACAGUACCUGUCACUGGCAAAGUCUGGAGAAGCCUUCGUGGAAGGACUGGGUGACGCGUUGCCAGAGGGCUUCGUCGACGCAAUCAAGGCAGCACAGACGGCGCGCCUGCAGGUGGUCCGGCGCGAAUGCACGGAUCUGGUGUGCAAGUUUCUUCCUCCGCCAUCUUAUGGCCCCAGCAUGACGCUUCCCGACGGCACUACAGUGAAUGUCCCAUAUGUCUGUAAGCUCCAGUCAUAUCGACAAGUCAAGUACAUAGGCGCCGUGCAUGUCAGUGGACUCUGGAAUCAGUCUGGGAACGGUGGGCAGUCCCUUGAUGGUAUACCUGUCAAGGCGGCCAUCGAGCUGCUUCUUCAGACUGCCAAGAUGGUCAAGGAUGAUGAGUGGAGCUGUGGAGACUCGUACUCUAGGGAGCUGCUGGAAAAGACUCACGGAUUUUGCUUGCCUUGCGUCAGGGCUGAAGGACAGAAUUUCGCUCGAGUCGCUGGCGUCAAAUGUGGUGUCCACGAGUUACAUCUCGACACUGCUCUUUCUGCCAUCACGGGGACCAUGGAACAAAAACCGAGGCAACUACAAUCUUAA